AUGGAGGGGAACUUGACAAGUCUACUGGACAGAGGGGACUCUGAGAACAUGCUGGUGGGUUACACAUCACCAACAUCUAACUCCUCUGCAGCCUAUGAAUACUUCUAUCCAGAACUGGACACCGACUGUGAUCUUGAAAAUAUUCCUGUAUUUGCACCUACCUUUUUUCCAGUGCUGUACUCCCUGCUGUUUGUGGUAGGACUCGUGGGAAAUGCUUUGGUCAUUUGGGUCCUCAUAGUCUUCAAGAAAGUCAGGGCCAUAACUGAUGUGUACCUACUGAACCUUGCCAUCUCUGACCUCCUCUUUGUUUUCUCCCUGCCCUUCUUGGUUCAGUAUUCCAUCAAGAGCCAGUGGACAUUUGGAAAUGCAAUGUGUAAGAUCAUUAGCUCAGCUUACUUCACUGGUUUCUACAGCAGCACCUUAUUCAUAACCAUCAUGAGCAUUGACAGGUACCUGGCCAUUGUCCGCUCUGUCUCUGCUCCACAGAUUCGGACAACUGGCUGUGGGGUUAUCUCCAGCCUGGUCAUUUGGGCAGUUGCCAUUUUAGCAUCAGCACCAGACUUUGUUUUUUUCCAGGAAAUGAAUUACAAUAACCAGACUAAGUGCAUCCCUCACUAUCCUGACAGUAAGAACGGCUGGAAGAAUUUCAGUAAUUUUGAAGUCAAUGUCCUAGGUUGGCUGAUCCCUGCUGGCAUCCUCAUUUUCUGCUACCACAGCAUCUUCAAAAACCUGCAGAAGUGCCAUACUCAGAAUAAGUACAAAGCAAUGAAACUGGUUUUUCUUGUCGUUAUUGUAUUCUUUGUCUGCUGGACCCCCAUCAACAUUGCACUUUUUAUGGACUCUCUGAGGAACAUGUAUAUCAUUGAUGACUGCCAGACAAGCCAAAGGCUAGACCUAGCCUUGGAGCUGGCUGAGGUUCUCUCCUUCAUCCAUUGCUGCCUCAACCCCAUCAUCUAUGCAUUUGUGGGUGAGAAGUUCAAGAAGCAUGUCCACAAAGCUUUCAGAAGGUUUGCACGUUUUCUGUUGAUCUGCAAAAACCAAGGAGUUUCUGAUGGGCACGGCCUGGACAAGCACUACACUCUUCUUGGGACAUCCUCACAGUCACAGUUGCGCUGA